AUGCCUUCAGAAACCCGUCUGCCGUUUUCGAUCGAGAAUUUGUUGAGUCGAGACCCGAUUGGGCUGCAGCGCCAGGAGAUGUCAAUUCCAAGUCCGCUUGCGUACUAUCAACAACAAUUGGCCAUUGGUUGUGCCCUGAACGCCUUCAACCAUCCAAGUUCCUCCGGUGUCCCGUUGCCCUUAAUGAGCCCUCCCGAUUUACGGAAUAGUUAUCCAGCAUGGAUCUACUGUACUCGAUAUUCCGAUCGUCCCUCUGCCGGACCACGCUCAAAAAGGCCGAGGAAGCGUGAUUCGCCAUCCGAAGAGGAGAAACGGCCACGGACCUCGUUCACACCUGAACAGUUGCUACGCUUGCGGCAACAGUUUAUGAACAACCGGUACCUCACUGAAAAGCGCCGCCAAGAAUUAGCGCACGAACUAGGCCUCAACGAGUCACAGAUCAAAAUUUGGUUCCAGAACAAGCGGGCAAAACUCAAGAAAGCGUCAGCUACUGGUGUACCGCUCCAACAGCAGCUCCUCACCGCACUAAACUCC